UUUUUUUUGCUUUCUGCCGUCCGUGCUGUGUGCUUCCGGCGCUGGGUGUCCGUGAGCAGCUCUGCUAUAUGUAAACAUGCAGCAAAGAGAAGAAAAGCAGUUGGAAGCAUCCUUGGAGUCUCUGAUUUCUCGAGUUGCGCAUCUAAAGAAUUCUCUCCAGAGCUUCAUCUAUAAGCUGGAAAAUGAAUAUGACCGGUUGACAUGGCCCUCAGUGCUGGACAACUUUGCCCUUCUGUCCGGGCAGUUAAACACAGUCAACAAACUGUUACGUAAUGAGAAAACUCCAUCGUACCGGAACCAGGUCAUUAUUCCUCUCCUGCUGUCUCCAGACAGAGAUGAAGAAUUGGCAAAACUUACAGAGCAGAGGGUACCUGUCUUUAGUCACGAGAUUGUGCCGGACCACCUCAGAACAAAACCUGACCCAGAAGUGGAGGAACAAGAGAAACAGCUGAGUGCAGAAGCUGCCAGGAUUGGACCUGAAGUAGCUCAGAAACAGAUCCAGGCACUGAAUAAACUCUGCUCAAACCUGUUGGAAAAGCUCAACAAUCCUCGGGAUGACCGAGAGGCAGAAACUGCAGCUUUGCGGCAGAACAAACAAUCAUUCAAUCCAGCUGACACCAACGCCUUGGUGGCAGCAGUGGGCUUUGGGAAGGGACUUUCAAAAUGCAGACCCCCCGGCCCCGUCGCCUCUGGCCAUCCAGGACAGCCCAUGAUGAGCGGUGGACCCACCCUGCAGCAGGUCACUAUUGCUGGCACCUCGGGACACCAGCCAGGCAUGGGGUCAUCAGUGGCUCAACAACAACCUGGACAACCUGGAAAAAUGCCGAGUAGCAUUAAGACAAAUAUCAAGUCAGCCUCUGCUUCACUCCAUCCUUACAAUCGGUGAUGUCAAAUGUAAGAACAGUUUAUUGGAAUGUGCUAACGAGAGCAACAAAGCCGUGAUUUUUUUUUUUUUUUUGUAUGUUUGUUUAUGUGGUUGACCCCCCCCCACCCCCACCCCUCCAAAUAAACAUUUGUGAAGACAAACUAAGUUGUCCCUAAAUAAUAUGUUUUAGGGAUAUGCCCUCAUGUAUUUGGGCAAUUCUACCAAAAUGGUUCAAACUGGUCCCAGGCUAAAAAAAAGAUGGCUAUUCAAACCUGAGAUAUUUACAAGGAUUGUGUUAUGAUCUAAAUAACUGAAAGCAAUAAUUGUAGUAAUAGUAAUAAGCUAAAUAUAUACAAAAUGAUCAUUGACUAGCUGUGUUUGCUUGUCAUGUAGCAUUACUGGCUAGAGCUUUGGAUUUAUGCUGAAAAUUAGCUAGAAUUAUACCACUGACACAUUAAGUUAAGAUUUGUCAGUGUUAUGAUUUUGUUAGUGACAAAUUCCCACUCAAUGUUAAAUAAUGAAGACACAUCUCUUUACACGGCACAUAAAUGAGCAUUG